GACUGAUGUGUUGGGAAUGGGAGUGACUGGUGCAUACCGCGUCUGCGGCACAUGGGGGCGCGCAGCGGCCUGAAAAUGUUGCGCGUUCGAGGAAGAAGAAGGAAAAAAAACCACACGCGCUGCGUGAAUAGAGUCUGCGCAAUUCGCUUGUUCUCGUCACUCCGAACUUUCGGGAGAACCACGAAGGAAGGAGGGGAGAACAGCGCCAUUUGCCUGGUCCUGUGCAGUCAGCCAGGCGUGUCUAGUCCCGACUGGCAGCUGGAUCAGGAUCGGCUAGUCGUGGAGGGCGGUGAAUUUGGACUCGGUCUCUGUUUUAGUGGGCCGUCCGAAGCAGCGGUGGAGCAAUGUCAGCCACGUGGCGUGAGGAUGAUGAGGAGCUGAGGGUGGGAGGAGUAAAAGGAGCAUUGAAAGCCAAACCGAGGUUCUCCUUCACUGAGGUCAAGCUGCUGCUGGAGGCGGUGAAGAGGAACAGAUACAUCAUCCUCAGGAAGUUUAACCAAGGUGUGUCGGCUGAAACGAAGAAACAGACAUGGGUCGAGAUCACCAAUCAGAUCAACGGUCUGGGAGAAAAUCACAGAGAGGUGCGUCAGAUCAUGAAGAAGUGGGCAGACCUCAAAUGUGAUGGGAAGCGACGUAUUGCAGCGCUGCGGGGUCCCAACGGCACAACCCUGAGGAAGAAGAAACUGGGCCCCGUGGAGAGGAUGGUCCAUAAGAUACUGAUGAUGAGUCCUAGAGGAGACGGCGACAGCGAUCUGGACCUGGGAGAAGACGACGACUUCUCAAAGAUGUGCAGUAAAGGGCUACCCUGCAACAGUUCCCCCUACUCCUACCUCAGUCUGACAGACGGCACUCACACUUUAUCAGGAGGACCCUCUUUUGACCUUUCACCUCUCUCCUCACCUGAAAAAGAACUUGGCGGAGAUCCUUUCCACUCCUCGUCUGACUUUGACCUGGGUGAUGAUGGAGAACACAUGAUGGAUUUUGAUGAAAACGACGACUCCAUGUUCUCCUACCCUUCCUCCAUCCGGCCACCCCCCACCUCCCUCGAUCCUCUGCCCGAUAACGCCCUGAUGAGGGUGAAGCCCGUCUACACGUACUCCCGAAGCAGCAACGGCCAGAUCCAAACCAUCCAGAACAACUCCUCCUCCAGCAGACCUCCACCCGGACCUUCCUCCUCCUCAGUGGCUUCCACGUCCUCUGGCUUUCCUUUGGCUUCUGAUUCAGAAGCUGCUUCAUCCUCUGUUGUCCCUCCACCAUCACGGUCCCCCAGCACCUCCAACAGACCUGGCUCCACCCUCCCUGCUCCCUCUCCAUUCCCUCCUCCAUCAUCUUCCUCUGCACCUGCUGCAGCCAAUGGGGCUUCCUCUCACCCUCGACCUUCUACCUCAAUUCCACCACCUGCAGCUUCCUCCACUUCUCAAUCCUCCGCUGUCUCAACAGUCACCUCUGCCACUAUUUCUUCUUCUUCUAAAAGCCAGCCUCCUCCCUCCUCCAACUUUCCACGCAGUACUCCCCCCACCUUAGGCUCAAACCUAUCGGACCCCCUCCCAGCUGGAGCGUCCUCACGCAGGUCACACGAGCAGGUCGCCCAGGUGGCGUCUCAAAGCCUGCAGCAGCAGCGGGCCAGCAGGAUGCUCCUGACCUCGGUGUCUCAGUCUCUGGAGACGUUGGCUCAAUCGGUCCAGCUGCUCGUGGAGAGCCAGCAGGAGUUUGUGCAGGAGUCCCUGCAGCUCCAGCGGGAGACCGUGGACAUCCUGAGGGAUUUCUCCAAUACUGCACUAACCAUGCUGAGAGACAAGGCCAGCAGCGGGCAGCUGGCCCACCAUCACCACCGACAUCAUCCCGCCUCGCACUUCUGAAACCCAGCGGGAGAAACGACAGGUUUGAGCAGUGCGAGGAGCUUCUCAUCAGUCGGGAGUCUUUCUGGUCGGUGUUCCUGUUUGUUGGUCUCAGCCGCUGGACACAAAAGCUGCUUUCCACUGGUGACUCGAGCACACGCAGAUUUAGGCCCAGAGCUCAAUUUUAUUUAUGUGCCUAAAUCCUGUUUUGUUUUUUCCCUUUCUCUAGUUUUAUUUGUGUCAAAUUCUAAAAGUUUUCCACACUGUAAUAAUCAGCAUUUCUGAUGGUGCUGAGCUGCUGUAGUCUCACAACCGCCGUGAAUAUUUCCACACAAACCCAGAGUGACCGAGCGCAUUUACAGGAGAUGAUACACUACGUGGUGCAAGGACACAAUCUGCAGUUUGAUAAUACUGCUUCCUGUGUGGACUGGGACAUGAGAGGAGAAUACAGAACACUAACCCUGCAUCUGAUCUCCAGAGCGAGGCUCAAGAGUCACGGCGCUCUUAAACUCAGACUGGCUCCUUUUCAGUUUCCUGAAACACCAGAGGAGUAACACCUGGGGACAGGUGGGACAGGUGCUUCAUGUCUGUAGUAAAUUAGAAUAAAUUGUUGAGCGGAAGGAACCUGUUUUGUUGGGGUUACUGCUGAAUUUCGCUGCUGCUGAUGAAACUUUAGCUGUAAUUGACCAAUAGAUGAACUGAAUCCCUUUUCCUCAUUAAAAACAAACAGUUCUAUUUUGGUAAUCUGUGUAAUCUGCUUACAAAAUGCAUUCAUGCACGAAAUCAGAUAAACUUCACUGUAGACACAAACCAAAAAACACAAACAACAAAUCCAGACCGUGCAGUAUAAUAAAGUACCUAAAACAGGAGGCAGCAGAUAUUAACGACUGAUUCACAAACUGGUUCACUUUAACCCAGUCAGGGUCUAAGCAGCUGUGCAGUUUUCAAUAGUAAGCUCCGCCUUUUAUUGAACAAAGCUAUAAAAUUGCAAAUGUGCAACCUAACAGUAUCCAAAGUGUAUAUUUCCUGACUGUAAACCAUCGUGGGAGGCCUAACUGCUGCAGGUGACCGUGACGUUGCAUCAUAAUGUAAAUGGGAAAAACAAAUGUGGCUUGAGCUGACAGAGUCUCUAAUAUCUUUAUAAAUUUACUUUUGCAGCCUGGGGCACCUUCUUAGUGUGCUUCUUGAAACUAAAAUAAAUCAGAUAUUGUAGCUCUGAAACUUGUGCUGUGGCUCACACGUGAAUUUUUAACUUAUUUGCCUGUUUUAAGGACGGAGAAAAGCAAAGUUUCACGAAACUUUAAGAAGUCCAGUCGCUUUUCUUUCCAGACUCUUUAGAGUAGUGUGACCUGGAUGACUGAGAACCUUCACAGAUAUAAUGCCUUGCACUUAGGGAGGAAUACCCUUCAACUGGAGUAUGAAAAGGAAUCAAGGAAACUAGCGGAUUAUAGAAACCAUCUCCGUUUCAACCUAAGAUACAGACAAAGCAGACUUUUUUCCAAGAGUUUGCACCUUGGAUCCACGGUGAGGGGACACAGAAUGGCGUUGUUUCUGUGGAGAGCACAAAACCAACUUCUAGGUGAAAGGAUGAGGCGGGUCCAUUUCACUAUAGAUGCACUCCACAACAAGAUCAGAUUCUGCAGGAACUCAAAUCAAACCCUUACUCUCUCCUAUGUUAGAAGACAUUUUUGGGUUUGUGGACAAGGCUAAGCUCACAUUUAAGGAAAAGAAAGACAACUCCAAAAAUUCCAUACUUUCCUAACAAAAACUUAUAUUUCCCAGUCUAGACAAUACAAACAAGAACAGGAAGACGUCACAGCGGAGGACAGUCAGGAAAAAUGGGUGAAGAACUUUUCAGGCAGGACUCUCACUGAAGCUGAACAGAAGAUGCUAGCCAAAGGACUCUGUUUUUGCCAUUUCUCCACAACAGCUGCCCGUAGUGGAUGUCAUCACAGCCAAGGAAACCGCCAUAAGGAUUAAUAAAGUAACAACCCCAAGCAGCACAUCAGGGUGAAGGUUUCAGCCACCCUCUCCAGUACAAAAGUUCCUCCAUCUAAACUCACGAUACGAGAAAAGAAGGCAGUCACGUCGCUGAGCAAAGACCAAAUUCAAGAAACUUUAAGAAAUCCAUCCACUUUUCUUUCCAAGCUCCUUAAAGACUGUUUUCUAAAUGCUGGGUGUCCCCUCUGUAAACCUGCACCAGGACGCGGCUGUAGUCCAUUUAUAUUUAAACAAACAGAAGUGGGCUGAGGACAGAACCCUGUGGAACACCUGUCAGAGGUUAAAAGGGGUUACUUUUCAUUAUUGGAGAACAACAUCACGUUUCCCAAUUAGAUAAGAUUUAAACUUAAUUUUUCUAAUAAAAUCCUGCAGUAAGCUUAGAAAAUUCAUAUCAUGGUUUAAUGUGUCAGAUGCCUUUUUAAGAUGGAGAAAAACCACACGAUUGAAGUUGUUCAAUCAGAAGUGACCGUCUCUGUGGAAUAAUGAGCUUUCUGAUUAUUCCACUGAUUCCCACUUUAGAUGCAAAGGUUAGUAAGUUACCAAAAUAUCUGAUGUCUUUAAGAAGGCUUUACUUCCUGUGUCAGGGCACAUUAACGCUGUAGAGACGGUGCCCACAGUGUUUUCGCUGUGGGGUGGUUAUCACCUUUAUCUGUCAUUUAAAAGGUGGAACUGGGAGGCAUCAGCAGCACAGCUGCAGCUUAAACAGGUGAGAACUUGAGCCUCCUCGUGCCAAAGCUCACUUCCUGUUAGACGUCUACUAUCAACUAUUCUUCACUGUAGCCCAGAUUUAAUUUAGAUAACAGGACAGUGGUGACAUCAGUCGUGCCCGGUAUUUAGAUGUUUCCUAUGGAGUUAUUGUGGAUUUAAAUCCCAACUACAAAGAUUUAAACGUCUGAAUGUCUGCAUUUCCAGCCGGUUGUUGGCAGAUGCUGUAAAUCUUAUUUAAUGUAGUUCAAAAUCCUGCUUUCUUUAAACUUUGCAUUCCCAGGGACUGUUGAAACCUUUACUCGAUUUUCUCCUUGACAUAAACCAGUGAAUAGAGUUGAGUUGA